AUGCUGCCGCUGACGUUUGCGAACCCGGCAGAUUACGACAAGAUCACGGGCAACGACAAGGUGGCCAUUUUGGGUUUGAAGGAUUUCGCGCCAGGCAAGCCGCUAACGCUGCGUGUGACCCCCUGCCUCCGGUGA